AUGAGUGGGCAGCCCACUCCCCGCGUAGCCCAAAAGGCAGCAGGAGGGAAAGGCUAUGGAGUAUACUCGUUUCUGGGCUUCGGCUCGCCAGAGAGUGGGCAGCGGCACUUUGGUGUCUUUGUCAUCCCACAAGGGCAGGCAUGGUCGGUCACGGACAGCAGUGGCUCCGUCAGCAACGUUGCCGGGCCAAAGACUCUUCGACUUCUGGGCAGCAUGCUCACCGAGCUCCGCAUUGUCGUGGCAAAAGAAUCUGAGUACAUAGAGGUAAGAAAGGUGACGGGCGAGAGCGAUAUCCUUGCUGGUCCACACUCGCUCGUACAGGAUCCGCUGCUGCACGUCUCGUGCUUGGUGAAGCCGGCGAUAUCAGUCAACAAGAACGAGGCGCUGGUAGUCUACCGCGAGUCUGAUGGCAAGGGCGGAAGCAAAGAGUCUGACGGCAAGGACGGCAAAGAAGUGUUGCGCGAGGUGGUGCUGGGGCCCGUGCUCUACAAACCCAAAUCCGCCAGUCAGUGGACGCACAACUUUUCGUGGCACGGGCACGACUCGAAUGGUGACAAGGAGGGGCUGGCGAGAAAAAAGCCGCAUGCGCUUCGGUUCACUAAGUUGAUGCUCGCGCCGUCUUCCAUGUACUACGAUGUUGAGAACGUCAGAACGGGGGACGACGCGCUGCUCACUGUUCGGCUCAUGAUAUUCUACCAGCUUGAGUCGAUUGAAGCAAUGCUCGACGCCACAAACGACCCGGUGGCCGACAUGAUCAACGCCGCAUCCGCUGACGUUAUACAGUUUUGCAGUGCUCGCUCGUUCGAGCAGUUCAAGGAGCAGGCCGAACAGCUAAACCGGCUGGGUCUCUACUCCUCUCUGACAUCUGUGGUGGCGUCUCGAGGCUUGACCGUGAGCAAGGUGGUCUUUCGGGGCUUCAUCGCUCCGCAGCGCCUACAGAAAAUGCACGAUGAAUCCAUCGAGAGGCGCACAAAGUUGGUGCUUGAGCGAGAAUCGGAGAUACAAGAGCAGAGGCUUGCAGACGAGCGGUUGGCCAAGGAGGAUGAGCGGGAAAAGGUGCGGCGUCAGAUGGAGGUGGCAAAGGCCGAGCACUUGGCAGCGCUCCAGCGAGCGGACUUCGAGGCACGCCAGCGGCAAAUGAAGGAGCAGGCGCAACAAGAGCUCGAGCUUGCGACGAGCAGGCAGAGGUUGGAACAGGAAAGUCUCGCGGGCUUGAAAGAGAGCCUCGGGCUCGCGGCGGCCGAUCUCGCGUCGCUGCUGGUCGCGCGCGCUCAUGUGCCAAGUAAAUUGAUUCAGGUCGCCGGCAGCGCCACGCCUGUCGUGCACGUGGAUCAAUAA